UUCACGUUUAGCAACACUUGUAAAGAUUUUUUAGCUACCGGCUUGAAAAAUGUCUUCGCCUGCACCUCCAAAGUCACCUGAAUUGUCAGAUAAAAGCAAAAAAUAUGAUAGACAAAUCAGGUUGUGGGGCGAUCACGGGCAGACAUUACUAGAGGCGGCCACAAUAUGCGUGGUCAACGUGACGGCCGUUGGUUGUGAGACAGCAAAGGGGCUCGUGUUGCCGGGCAUUGGAGGCUUCACUGUCGCUGACGGCAGCACAGUUAAGGAAGAGGACUUGGGCAACAACUUUUUUCUAGAUAAUAGCUACCUGGGUAAAUCGAAGGCACUUGCUUGCAAACAGCUGUUGCAGGAGCUCAAUCCGGAUGUCAUUGGCGAUUAUGUUGACGAGAGUGUUGACUAUAUCUUGGCAAACCGUCCAAAUUUCUUUGACAGUUUUGAUUUGGUGAUUGCGUCGAAUCUGAACGAACAGUCACUCCUUCAGCUGGCAAACCGAUUAUGGGAGUCUAAUGUACCACUUGUCUACUGUCGCUCACUUGGCAUGCUGGGCUCUAUACGCCUGCAAAUUAAGGAGCACUGCGUUAUAGAAGCUCAUCCCGAUAAUCGUCAGUUUGAUUUGCGUCUGGAGCAGCCAUUUCAAGCAUUACGUGAUCAUUUGGAAUCAACAGAGAUUACGAGUAAGGUACCCUGGCUUCUAGUGCUCUACAAAUACCUGAAAAUUUGGCAGAAAGACCAUGGAGCUGGUCGGUUAGCGCCUGGCAACUACAAGGAAAAGAGUCAACUGCGCGAGACAAUCAGAAAAGAAAUGCAGAAGGAUGAGGAGAACUAUGAGGAGGCUAUUAAGGCAGUUAACACUGCAUUUGGCGCUGGAAUGGUGCCAAGCGCCCUCAAGGCCAUAUUCGAGGACGAUGCCUGUUUGAAUUUACAAAAAAAAAACGAUGUCUUUUGGAUCAUGGCCAAGGCACUUAAGCAUUUUGUAGUAGAAGAAAAUAAGGGUUAUCUACCGCUACCAGGCGUACUGCCCGAUAUGACAGCCAACACAGACUCGUAUAUAGCACUGCAGCAAAUCUAUCACCAACAGUCGCUGCAUGAUGCCGAUCAGGUGUAUCACAAAUGCCAAGAUUAUCUGAAGCAGUUGUCUCUGCCAGCGGAUAGCAUAGAUGAUCGCACUGUGCGUUUGCUAUGUCGUGAGGCAGCCGGAUUGUCUGUGCUGCGCGGCACACGCAUUGCCGAUGAGUAUGAGAAAAACUGUCGACUGCUACCGUUGGUGGAAGAUAAUGAGCUACAGGGCACCUUAACAGCUUUUAAUUUCGCUCUACGUGCAUAUGAGCGUUUCCUAAGCGAAUGCGGCAGCAUACCUGGUGAGUGCUCUGUGGAACAGGACAUCGUGCGUCUUAAGAGCAUCACCAGCAAAAUGCUUAACGACUUGGGCUUACAUGUGACCAUCAGCGAUGAUGUUUUGCACGAGAUAUGCCGCUACGGCGGCGCCGAGUUGCAUGCUGUGUCCGCUUUUAUUGGAGGCUGUGCUGCGCAGGAGGUGAUCAAGAUAAUUACCAAACAAUAUAAACCAAUCGAUAAUACAUUUAUCUAUAAUGCUAUUAGCACUGAAAGUGUUACGUUAAAGUUGUAAAGCAAUUCCUUAAAAUGGAUGAGAUUUUAAAAUUAAAUUCAAAAACUUACCGCAUUUGAAUUUAA